AAAUUUUGUUUCGCACAACUCAUUCGCCACUCAAACAGCACGCAGUUUGGUGUGCUCUUAAAACUUGUACUUCCAAACAUUUUUUUUGGCUUCGUACAAUACACACAUACAAGCUGAAAGAUGUCCACACCCGUUGGUCCCGAGCCGUGCAACGUCGUUUGUCCCAGCUGCCGUCAGCAGGUUACCACCCGUAUUGAACCCAAGGCAACCACCAAAACUCAUCUCAUAGCGCUGAUUAUGUGCCUCACUUGCCUUUGGCCAUGUGCCUGCUGCCUCUACUGCACUCAAUGUUGCCGGAACGCCGAUCAUCAUUGCCCAUCCUGCAACGCCUACGUUGGCACCUACGAGCGUUGAAGGUCCUUUGAGAAGGUGAUUGCUUUUCACUUAUCUGCAGCCAGCAGCCAGUGCGAAAUGUAGUCGAGAGCUUCACUCGAAUUCCGUUGUUUACCUCUCUCACAUUUAAAACGAUAUGACGCAAUUUUUUGUAUAAGGCAAAAAACAUUGUAGUGCCCAUACCUACUUAAGCUUUUGUAUCCUCAGCACACCAAUAAAAAGAUUCAAGGAAGAAAA